GCAAUAGGGAGUUUCUGCUACAGAUAAGCUGUUCUCUCGGAAGGUGGAGCUUCUGAGCUUUUAUAACCCUGAGCCACACAAGUACGGGGCUCGCUUGAGAAGAACUUCCACUUGUUCAGGACUUGCAGCAGGAUAUCCCACAAGGCAAUGUGGGUCAGAGGGUCAGAAGCUACCUCCUCCUAGAUGGGUUACCUUCCCAGAUUGAUGAGCCCCACCUGCCCCUCACUUCCCUCUACAGCAUGUGCAGAAACCGCCUUCUUGACCCUUGGACCCACCAUUCGUCUCAUCCCUCAACCUGCCAGAGCCUGUAGAGGGGAGGUGCCUAACUCACAUGGGUUUGAGACCCACCAGCUAUCCUUACCUGGUUUAGCCAGCCAGUCAAAGAGGUGGUGCUUCAGAUGUGAUUCAUCACUACAAAGUCCCAUCAUCCCUGGCGGCUGGCCAUGCUGGAAAGCCAUGUGCCCAAACUUGCCUGAGGAGAUGAGAGGCAGCUGAUGGCAAUGGCAAUGGUGCAAGAAAGCAAACACUUAGGAACAUGGCUGGGAAACCUAAGCUUUACUACUUCAAUGGAAGAGGCCGAAUGGAAAGCAUAAGGUGGCUCUUGGCUGCAGCAGGAGUCGAGUUUGAAGAACAAUUAAUUGAGACCAAAGAAGAUCUAGAAAAAUUAAAGCAUGGUGGAGACCUGCUCUUUCAGCAAGUGCCCAUGGUGGAAAUGGAUGGGAUGAAGAUGGUGCAGACCCGAGCUAUUCUCAACUACAUUGCCGCCAAAUACAAUCUCUAUGGGAAGGACGUGAAGCAGAGAGCACUGAUUGAUAUGUAUUGCGAAGGUGCUAUGGAUCUGAAUGAAUUGAAAAAGAUGCUUCACUUCAAGCCAGCUGACAGCAAGGAGAAGGAGUUUGCAAACGUUAUUGAAAAAGCCACCACCAGAUACUUCCCAGUCUUUGAAAAGGUCCUCAAAGAUCAUGGACAAAAUUACCUGGUAGGAAAUCAGCUCAGCAGAGCAGAUAUUCAAUUGCUUGAAACCAUUUUAAUGGCAGAAGAGCUGAAGGCUGAUAUUCUCUCCAAAUUCCCUCUUUUAAAGGCCUUUAAAGAGAGAAUAAGCAACAUCCCGACAGUGAAGAAAUAUCUGCAGCCUGGUAGUCAAAGAAGACCACCAGCAGAUGAAAAGGCAAUGAAAAUUUUCGCCUGAAUCAUGGCUGAGGAUCACAGAUGAUGCACUAGUAUUCACAGGCAAUGGGCAAAAACUGAAAUGGGACCACAGUGGCACAGUGUAAAUCCACAAAGCUACAGUAGGAAGCAAAAUAACUAACAGAACAAAAGGAAGUAGUGAUAAUACUGUGCUGUGUUACACUAAAAUGAAAUAAAGCAUUCUACAACUUUUGUA